UCUCAAUGAACACAUGUUUGUAAACGUUGACGAAGUAACCUAAAAAAUGAGCCGGUCGAAUUUUCGCGUUAAACUUGAUUUAUCCAACUUCUACAACGAUGUACGACGUUUUUGUUGGAUUUUUAUUGAUGGUGCGAAAAUGUUGAAAGUUGUACAUAUGAAGGAACACAUUGCAAAAUUACUGAACAUCACAGAACCGUUUCAUUUGUUGUUAAACAAGACUGAAUACUUGCCACCUGAUGAAGAUAUUCGUAUUGUCAAUGAGAAUGAAACGAUAUUAGUUUCUCCUGGGACUGAAUUAGAAAAUGGAUUACAAUUAUCUACAGAAGAUACAAGGAUUUGUAUGAAGAAAGAAAAAAGCAAUAAAGUUAAACAUAAACAUUCUCAGACUAAUAUCUCACCAGUAGAAUUAAAUACAACUGCAGUUCAAACUGUAUCGGAUGAAGUUUUAAACAAAUCACAAAGUGAGUUUUCAGAAUUCAGUGUAAUAUCUUAUGGGAAAGAAGAUAGCGAAGCAAGCAGUAUGGUAGAGUCAAAAACUACUGAUGUAACUGUGAUGGAAGAUUUUAAUAUAGAACAGGUGCCCAAAAGAAAACGUGUAAGGCGUAGAAAGAAGAGGAGUGAAGAGAUUCAGCAAAGUACUUCACAGGAAAAAGAAAAUAUACCAAAGAAACCUAAGAUUAUAGAUUCUUGUACUAUUUCCUUUGGCAAACACAUUCGUUUUGACAGUGAAGAAACUACAGGAAACAAAGAUGCUCCUGUCAAAGUAAUGAAUGGGUCUCAUACAAAGACUAUACAACCUACUCAUGAACUUGCUAACUUACUGUCAUUAGGUAAAUGUUCUACUCCACUUACCUUUACCAAUCCGAGGGUGAAGGAGGAGAUCAAGACAGAGCCCAUGCACGAUGAAGAAUUACAGCUUGAUGCUUCUCCUGAAAACAAGAAUAAAAUGAGUGUAAAUGAAAGACUGCAAAAUGGAAUAAAAGAAUUGGACAAAGAUAUUUCCAAAUGUUCAGUUAUGACAACAAAACCACAACUUAAAGAUGUCAUAGCUUUCAAAAUGCUUAAAAUUGGGUCAGAUUAUACACCACAAAUAUCAGAUUUUGUUGUGGCAGAAGUAAUAUCUUAUUGUGCUGAAACUUCUGUGUAUACUUUCAAAAUAUUAAAAGGUUUAACAGAAGUGCAAGUACCAGUUGGAAAAUUCACAAUUGUGGAGGAUGAAGAAGAACAUGUAAUGAAUGACACAAUUACUGUAAAUUAUGCUCAAAUUAUAGAACCUCGACUUGUAUUUAGUAAUACUACCUCAGUUCCUUGUAGCAAUUAAUUAUGUGUUAGAUACUUGAUGGUGCAUAUACAAUUCAAUAUAUAUUUUUUACAUAUAA